AUGAUCGCACCUAUACUCGCCUUACUCUUCAUGGCGGCAAUACGACUGAAUUAUAUCCACAAAAAAUGGGCGGAAGUAAAAGUGGUAUUCAUUCCCAAGGGAGGGAACACCACACUUACGAAAGCGAAGGACUUCAGGCCGAUUAGCCUAUCAUCCUUUCUGUUAAAAGCCCUAGAACGUUUACUAGAUAUGAAUAUCAAAGAAGAAAUUUGCAAUAAGGUAUCACCGUCCCAACACGCGUACAGCAAAGGCAAAUCAGUGGAAACAGCGCUCCACGCGCUAGUUUACACGGUUGAGAAAUCACUUCACUACAAGGAAAACACCCUCGCUGCCUUUCUAGACAUCGAGGGUGCCUUCAAAUAUAUAUAUCCGGAGGCUAUUACAACUUCGCUAACGGAAAUGGGCGUAAACAGGGCACUAGUCUCGUUUAUAGAACGAAUGCUAACUGGGCGAACGAUAAUCGCAAAUUUGGGUGACACAUAA